AAUACCAAUUAUGCAUAUUUGUUUGUCUUUGUAGUUUGCUUCACUCUUCGGCUUCUCUCUGAGCUUUUCUGCUUAGAGACGUCUCUGGAAGAAUAGUAACGAGUAUAAUCCAAGUGUUGAAAGUAAUUAAAAAUAUUAUGACAUGGUCAACUUCAUAAAUACAAAUUGUUGAAGACUCAAAUUGAAAAAUCAUAUUCAUUGUCAUAAUAAUUUUUUCUCAUCUUCUUCAUUCAUCAAUUCAAUUCUAAAAAGAAAGUAAAGAAAAAGGGAAUGGAAGCAGCGGUAGCAGCAGACAGAGGCAUGGAGUUUAGGUCUAUAGAGGCUUUAGGUAAAGGUUUUGAUCUGAGCAGUGAUUUUAGAUUGAGAUUUGCAAAAGAAAAGCUUGUGGUGCUUGAUGAUGAAAACAAGAGAGAUAUAUUAAUUCCUGGUAGUGGUUUUACCAUUCCUAAUGUUUCUCAAGACAUUCGAUGCGAUAAAGGCGAUCGAAUUCGCUUCAAAUCUGAUGUUCUUGAUUUCAAUCAGAUGUCAGAGUUACUUAAUCAGAAAUCUUCAAUACAAGGAAAAGUGCCUUCAGGCUAUCUUAAUUCUAUUUUUGAUUUAAGUGGAGACUGGUUUCAUGAUGCUUCAGACACCAAAUAUCUUGCUUUUGAUGGUUACUUCAUCUCGUUGUACUAUUUGCACCUAACAGCAUCUCCACUAAUACUACAAGAGAAAGUAAAGAAAGCUGUUCCGCCUCGUUGGGAUCCAGCAUCAUUGGCUAGGUUCAUCCGAUCAUUUGGUACACACAUAAUAGUGGGUAUGGCUGUUGGAGGUCAAGAUCUAAUUUGUGUUAGACAGAAACCUACCUCACCAAUUCCUCCUGCUGAGCUCAGAAAGCAUUUGGAGGAUCUUGGAGAUUUUCUAUUUUCAGAUAGAAGAAGCCCGUCUUUACUACAGAGGAACACAAGAGAUGGCAAACAAAAAGUUCCCGAGGUCUUUAGUCGUAUUUUGCAGUCAAACACCAUGCAAUUGACCAGCAUUACAGAAACAUCAAGCAAAGAUGGCCUCACUAUCAUUUGUUCAAAAAGAGGAGGAGAUGUGCUCUCACAGAGUCACUCCAGCUGGCUCCAGACAGUGCCAAUUAAACCAGAAGCUAUUCUCUUCAAGUUUGUACCCAUUACUUCUCUUCUUACUGGGAUUCCAGGCAGCGGUUAUCUUAGUCAUGCAAUUAACUUGUAUUUGCGAUACAAACCUGCUCCAGAGGAUCUACAGUACUUCUUGGAGUUCCAAGUUCCCAAGCAAUGGGCACCUAUGUUUUGUGAGUUGCCUCUUCGACAUCAAAGAAAAAAAGCUUCUUGCCCUUCCUUGAGAUUCAGCUUUAUGGGUCCUAAACUAUAUGUUAGCUCUACCCAGGUUUCAAGUGAUAAAAAACCUGUGGUUGGUGUACGCUUGUACUUAGAGGGGAAAAAAUGCAAUCGACUAGCAUUGCACCUACAACAUCUUUCAAGCCUCCCAAAUAUCAUGAACUUUUCACCACCUGACACAUCCAUAUGCAAGCAAUGCGAAUGGCGAGGCUCUGAUGAUUAUAGAUCGAGCGACCAGUUCUUGGAACCAGUUAGAUGGAAGAGAUACUCUAAAGUGUGCACUUCUGUUGUUAAGCAUGAUCCCAACUGGUUGCAGGGAGAUUCAAAUGGUGUUUUUAUAGUAACGGGUGCGCAGCUCCUUAGCAAAGGGAAGUGGCCGAACACGGUACUUCACCUUCGUCUACUUUUCUCACAUUUACCCAACUGCACUAUCAGGAAAACUGAAUGGACCAUUGCACCAGAAGCGUCUCGUAGGUCGAGUUUUCUCACUACUCUGAGUACGACAUUCACAUUUACUCAGCGAACCAUGGCUGGUCCUGAAAAGAAACCUCCAGCUGCACUGAACUCUGGCAUAUAUCCGGAUGGUCCUCCAGUUCCAGUUCGCUCCGGAAAGCUGCUUAAAUAUGUGGAGACAGCUGAGGUGGUACGCGGUCCGCAUGAUGCUCCUGGCCAUUGGUUGGUUACAGCUGCUAAGUUAGUAACUGAGGGUGGUAAGAUAGGUUUGCAUGUGAAGUUUGCAUUGUUAGACUAUCUAUGAAUUUUCACCAUGUAUAUAUUUUGGAGCUGAUUUUAAAUCUCUGUUUUUUUUUUUUUUUCAUUAUUUAUUUCCAAUGUUUAUAGUAUUCUUUUAUAGUGUUUUGAGUCAUUUUGAGAGAUUUACCUCAGUUUGUACAGAAAAUGAAGUAGAAAGGAUUGUUGAGUUGACUUUUUGGGAUGUUGGGAUUUGGUUUGUAAAAGUUGAGAAGGCCAUUUGUUUUUC